AUGUCCCAGAUGCAAGAAAAUGAAACUCCUGCAGAUAAGGUGGUCGAAAUCCUGUCCAGGUUCAGGUUGCCGCCUAAGUAUCUGAUGCGAUUCAAAUGCAUACGCAAGUCUUGGUGCACUCUCACCAAGAGUCCAAGUUUUGUGGCCAAACACCUCAACAAUUCCGUGGACAGUAACCUCUCGUCUCACAUUUUCCCGGACGAGAGUUGGAAAUAUGAAAUUUUAUGGUCCAUGAUUAACUCCAUUGACAGUGAUAAUCCCAACCUUCAUUAUGAUGUUGAGGACCUAAACAUUCCGUUUCCAAUGGAAGACCAUCACCCAGUACUGAUUCACGGUUAUUGCAAUGGGAUUGUCUGCGUAAUAACAGGGGAAAAUGUUGUUUUAUGCAAUCCAGCAAUUGGGGAAUUCAGGCAACUUCCCGAUUCAUGCCUUCUUCUACCCCGUCCCAAGGGAAAAUUCGAAUUGGAAACGACCUUUCAAGCAAUGGGAUUUGGCUAUUAUUGCAAAGCUAAACAAUACAAGGUUGUGCGAAUUAUAGGAAACUGCGAGUAUUCAGAUGAUGAGCAAACAUAUUAUCAUCGUAUUGGUCUUCCUCACACAGCUGAGGUAUAUACCACGGCUUCCAACUCUUGGAAAGAGAUCAAGAUUGAUAUAUCAAGUAAAACCUAUUCCUGGUCUUGUUCAGUGUACUUGAAGGGAUUUUUUUAUUGGCAUGCAACGGAUGGCAAGGAAUACAUACUUUCAUUUGAUUUAGGUAAUGAUAUAUUUUAUAAAAUACAAUUCCCUACUGGGAGAGAAUCCGGGUUUAGUUUUUAUAUAUUUUUUCUUCGUAAUGAAUCCCUUGCUUCCUUUUGCUCUCGUUUUGAUGCAAAUGAGGAUUAUCAAUCAUGUGACAUAUGGGUAAUAGAAUAUUAUGACGGAGUUAAGAGUUCAUGGACAAAACUUCUAAUUGUUGGACCCUUACAAGGUAUUAAGCAACCAUUGACAUUUUGGAAAAGUGAUGAGCUUCUUAUGUUUGCCUCCAAUGGAAGAGCCACCUCUUAUAAUUGUAGUACCCAAAAUCUCAAGUAUAUUCAUAUCCCUCUUACUGUUAGUGAGGUUAUAGAUUUCGAAGCUCUUAUUUAUGUGGAAACUAUUGUUCCUAUCAAGUAA